UUUAGUUUACAUUUAUUUUUAUCAAUGGCAGGAACCUCGUAGAUGUUCUGUCAGUCGUUUCUUUCAUUACGACGUUUUACUAUCAUGGCGGCCGCCGUCGGCAGGAUUUGUGGGGCACGACUUUUGAAAAGUUAUGGUGUGCUGACGCCCCAGGUUUGUCAGCUGUCCACCAACGCGCAAGGAUGGACGAGGAACAGAAAGCUGUUGCUGUCCACACUGGGUGUGGUCGGAGGAGGAGUGGGUGCCCUGCUGUUUGCCCUUGAGCAGUCGGUGCAGGCGUCCGGCAGCGAAGCACACGCUCCCCAUCAGCCCUGGACCCACAAUGGAAUGUUCCAGUCUUUAGACCAUGCCAGUAUUCGCCGCGGCUACGAAGUGUACAAGCAAGUGUGCAGGGCUUGCCACUCGCUGCAGUACAUCGCGUUCCGUAACCUGGUGGGCGUGUCACAUACUGAAGAGGAGGCUAAGGCGGAGGCUGCUGAGGUGAUGGUCAAGGAUGGCCCUGAUGAGGAAGGCAACUUCUUCGAGAGGCCCGGCAAGCUGUCUGACUACUUCCCGUCGCCCUACCCCAACGAGAACGCGGCCAGAGCUGCCAACAACGGCGCCUACCCGCCCGACCUGUCGCUGAUCGUGUCGGGCCGCAAGGGCGGCGAGGACUACAUCUUCGCUCUGCUCACGGGAUACAUGGACCCGCCCGCCGGCAUCGUACUUAGGGAGGGACAGAACUACAACCCCUACUUCCCGGGCGGAGCCAUCUCUAUGGCACAGUCACUGUUUGACGAAGCCGCCGAAUACUCCGACGGCACCGCGCCCACAGCGUCGCAGCUGGCCAAGGACGUGGCCACGUUCCUGCGCUGGUGCUCGGAGCCCGAGCUCGACGACCGCCGCCUCAUGACCAUCAAGGUCAUCGGCAUGUUCUCCCUCCUCGGCGUCUUCGUCUACUACCUCAAGCGGCACAAGUGGACCACCAUGAAGUCCAGGAAGCUAGCCUACAAACCUGUCUCUAAGAAAUAAACGUAGCGUAAACAGUUAGACAAUUUUUUUUCGAUAGGCACAGUAACAUGUUAUUUCUUUAUAAUUAAAUUAAUUUAUUGCGAUUACAUCCCUCGUUACCAGCGGUGAUAUAAAUAAUAAUGUAAUUGUAUGCGGCAUUUCAUCGUGCGAGUCGGCACACGGAUUACCUAUAGAUAGUGGUUUAUUGUUAUCUGUGCUUGUGGUGUACCAUGCAACAGCUGUGAAUCGGUGUACAGUUGAAUAAAUGAGUUAUUGAAAAUCGA